AUGGCGGGAAACGAUUGGGUGAACAGUUACUUGGAGGCGAUCAUCGCCGCCGAACCGGGGAUCGGAAAUUCCAAAUCGUCGCUUCUGUUAAGAGAGCGCGGCCAUUUCAAUCCGAGUCGUUAUUUCGUGGAGGAGGUCAUCACUGGCUUCGACGAGACUGAUCUUCACCGUUCCUGGGUUCAGGCUGCGGCAACGAGGAGUCCACAAGAGCGGAACACGAGGCUGGAGAAUUUGUGCUGGAGGAUUUGGAAUUUGGCUCGCCAGAAGAAGCAGGUUGAAGGAAAGAAUGCGAAGCGUGCUGCGAAACGCCAUCUGGAGCGCGAGAAAGCAAGGAAGGAAGUUACAGAUCUAUCCGAAACCGAUGGAGAGAAGGCAGAUGGCAUCACCGCCACCAAAGGAAGAAUGUCUCGGAUCACUUCCGUUGACGUCUUUGAUAAUUGGUUUGCUCAACACAAAGAGAAGAAGCUUUACAUCGUCUUAAUAAGUCUUCACGGUUUGAUACGUGGCGAAAACAUGGAGCUUGGCCGUGGUUCUGAUACCGGUGGCCAGGUGAAGUAUGUUGUGGAACUUGCAAGGGCAUUGGGGUCAAUGCCAGGAGUCUAUCGAGUCGAUUUGUUGACUAGACAGGUAUCAGCGCCGGAUGUGGAUAGCAGCUACUCUGAGCCAACUGAGAUGCUGAAUCCCUUAGACGCAGAUAACACAGAGCAGGAGCGUGGAGAGAGUAGCGGCGCUUACAUAAUCCGUAUACCUUUUGGUCCCAAGGAUAAAUACGUGCAGAAAGAGCUCCUCUGGCCUCAUAUCCCUGAGUUUGUUGAUAGGGCGCUUAGUCAUAUCAUGCAGAUCUCUAAGGUUCUUGGCGAGCAGAGUGUUGGCGGAGAACAAGUGUGGCCGGUUGCUAUUCACGGACACUAUGCGGAUGCUGGUGAUUCCGCUGCUCUUCUCUCUGGGGCUCUGAAUGUGCCGAUGGUGUUCACGGGGCAUUCUCUUGGUCGCGAUAAGCUUGAGCAGCUCCUGAAACAAGGGCGGCCAAAAGAAGAGAUCAAUGCUAACUACAAGAUAAUGCGGCGGAUUGAGGGGGAGGAGCUCUCUCUUGAUGCUUCUGAGAUCAUCAUAACUAGUACAAGGCAGGAGAUAGACGAGCAGUGGAGUCUUUAUGAUGGUUUUGAUCCGGUUUUAGAGCUUAAACUCAGAGCAAGGAUGAGAAGAGGUGUGAGCUGUCUAGGCAGAUUUAUGCCUCGCACCUUUGUGAUUCCUCCAGGAAUGGAGUUUCAUCACAUUGUACCACAUGAUGUUGAUGCAGAUGGAGAUGAUGAAAAUCCACAAUCUGCUGCUGAUCCACCAAUUUGGUCUGAGAUUAUGCGCUUCUUUUCUAACCCGCGUAAGCCUAUGAUACUCGCUCUUGCUCGGCCAGACCCUAAAAAGAAUUUGGUGACUCUAGUCAAAGCCUUUGGAGAAUGUCGUCCAUUACGGGAACUUGCUAACCUUACACUGAUAAUGGGAAACCGAAAUGAUAUUGAUGAGUUGUCCUCCACUAGUGCCUCGGUGCUGCUCUCAAUCCUGAAGCUAAUUGACAAGUACGACCUCUAUGGUCAAGUGGCAAUGCCUAAGCAUCACAACCAAACUGAUGUUCCUGAAAUUUACCGUUUAGCAGCCAAAACAAAGGGAGUAUUUAUAAAUCCAGCUUUCAUCGAACCAUUUGGACUGACUCUAAUCGAGGCGGGAGCUCAUGGACUUCCCACUGUUGCAACGAUAAAUGGAGGACCUGUUGACAUUCAUAAGGCUCUUGACAAUGGUCUUCUAGUUGACCCUCAUAAUCAGCAAGCUAUAGCUGAUGCUCUCCUGAAACUGGUUUCAGACAAAAACCUUUGGGCAAGAUGCAGACAAAACGGCCUAGACAACAUCCACCGGUUUUCAUGGCCAGAGCAUUGCAAAACAUACCUGGCCCGGAUAGCUACAUGCAAGCAAAGACAUCCUAAAUGGCAGAGAGUUGAGUUUGAUAACUCAGACUCUGAUUCACCCAGUGACUCCCUUAGAAAUCUACAUGACAUCUCCUUGAACCUCAAAAUUCCCUUGGAUGGCGAUAAGGGUGGAAGUGGAAGUAACAAUGGUUUAGAUACUACUAUUCUAGACGCUGACGAAAUUGCCGCUGAACGAAAAUCUGAGAUAGAGAAAGCUGUUUCAACAAUGGCGCAGAAGAGCACACCAACAAUGAAACCUGACUUGAAGAUGCCGACUUUGAAAAGAAGGAAACAUAUAUUUGUCAUCUCAGUGGACUGCGGCACAACCUCCGAUCUUCUCGCGGUGGUGAAAACAGUUAUCGAUGUUGCAGGAAAAGGCGGCUCAAUAGGAUUCAUACUCUCAACUUCGAUGACUAUAUCUGAGACUCACAACACAUUGCUCUCAGGAGGGUUGAAACCACAAGACUUUGAUGCUGUUAUCUGCAACAGUGGGAGUGAGCUCUACUUCACGUCCUCUGCUGCUUCUGAGGAUAAAACCGUGCUUCCUUACACACUCGAUGCAGAUUACCAUUCGCAUAUAGAAUUCCGAUGGGGUGGAGAGAACUUGAGCAAGACUUUGAUCCGCUGGAUUACUUCUGUUGAAGAGAAGAAGAAGCUCAAAGAAGGAGAGAUUCUAUCUGAAGAUGAGUCUUCUUCUACCAACUAUUGCUUAUCCUUCAAAGUGAAAGAUUCUGCUUCGAUGCCUCCAAUGAAGGAGCUGAGGAAACUAAUGAGAAUCCAAGCAUUGCGUUGCAAUGUAGUUUACUGCCAAAGCGGAGCUAGGCUAAACGUAAUCCCUGUUCUUGCCUCACGAUCUCAGGCCCUUAGGUAUUUGCUAGUGCGAUGGAGCAUUGACUUGUCGAACAUGGUGGUGUUCGUGGGAGAAUCAGGUGACACAGAUUACGAAGGCUUGCUUGGAGGAAUUCACAAAACAGUCAUACUCAAAGGCGUAGCCAGUGACUUGCGUCAGCUACACGGCAACAGAAGCUACUCCAUGGAAGAUGUGAUUCCAGUCAAUAGUCCCAAUAUUACUGAAGCUGAAGAAUGUAGCCGUGACGCCAUCAAGGCCGCUCUAGAGAAGCUUGGGAUCAAUCUCCUCAAGCAUUGA